CCGUCCCCUGCCGCCAUGGGGGCCGCCGUUUGUUUCGGCUGCGCCGGUAUCGCCUUCGGGCCGGCGUUCGCUCUCGUUCUUUUUACGGUCGUGGCGGAACCUCUGCGGGUCAUCGUCCUGGUGGCGGGGGCGUUUUUCUGGCUGGUGUCGCUGCUCCUGGCAUCUCUGAUCUGGUUCGUUUCGGUCCGUCUCAGCGACCGGGAAGACGCCAAGCUGCAGUACGGCCUCCUCAUCUUUGGAGCUGCCGUCUCUGUCCUGCUGCAGGAAGCUUUCAGAUUCGCCUACUUCAAGCUGCUGAAGAAAGCCGAUGAAGGCCUGGCGACGAUCAGCGAGGACGGCCGGUCCCCCAUCUCCCUCAGGCAGAUGGCUUACGUCUCGGGCCUGUCCUUCGGCAUCAUCAGCGGCGUGUUUUCCGUCAUAAACAUCCUGGCAGACUCCAUCGGUCCCGGCAUCGUCGGGAUCCAGGGGGACUCGCCGUACUACUUCAUCACGUCUGCGUUCCUCACCAUGGCCCUCGUCUUGCUCCACACUUUCUGGGGAGUGAUCUUCUUCGACGCCUGCGAAAGACGCCGCUACUGGCGCCUGGGGCUGGUGGUUGCCAGUCACCUCCUCACCUCGGGGCUGACGUUUCUGAACCCCUGGUACGAGGCCAGCCUGGUCCCCAUCUUCAUCAUCACCCUCUGCACGGGGCUCUGGGCCUUCUUCACCGCCGGGGGCUCCUUCCACAACAUCCUCAAGUGCCUCUCCUGUAAGCAGGAGGACGACAGCAGAGUGAUGAUGUACUCAGCGCUGCAGGUGCCUUUUGAGGACUGAGCGGCAGCCGCAGCCCUGCCUGCCCGCGCCGCCCGCGCCGCCGCCGUACCCAAGUGCCGUCUUCUUGGCAGCUGGAAGGUCACGACGCUGCCUUCGCCUCUGCGGUUCGUUCCUCCGGUGCUGCCGCCCGGCCGAGCCCUGGCCCUUCUCCGUGACGCAGAGGUUGCUCCGUACCCCAUCCCGCUCCACAGGGGAUUUUUUUGGGGGUCUGACCGAUGCUUGUAGGCGCCCCGUUAGCUUCGUUAGUGACUUUGUUAGACUUUUUUUUCCUUGCAGGGUGAAGGCGGGAGGGGGGCUGGGUGCCCCGAGGUGCGGCCGGGCGUGCGGGGCUCAGGGCAGGACCCCCCUUCCCUCACAUUUCCCCCCCCGCCCUGACCCGGGGGAGGGCUCUGCCCUCGGUGCGGCUCCAGGCCGCUGCUGUUCCCCGCUCUGCGGAAGCGGGGUGAUGCUCUCGGGGCGGGGGGAGCCGGGACGGGGGGGUGCUCUGCCCCUCUGCCCCCCUUUCUGUUCCUGCUGGGUGUCCGGGGACACCCGUUACCCUGCUGUACAACUGGGGGGGGUGGGGUAAAUUAUUUUUUUGAUUGAGAGUAAAACCCUUU